GGCUUCCUCUGGGGAUAAAGUCCGAGACCCUGCGCAGACUGUGCCAUACACUGCAGCUGGAGGAGCAGCAGAGCGGACUGUGGGUUUGAGGUUCCGGUCUCCAUGAUGAGGGGCCCCGCACUUUUUACCGCCUCCCUCCUGGGGCUCUUGGCUGUGGUCUCCUCGGCAGACAAUGAGACAUCGUUUUGUAGGUCGCCGCCUCACUGGAGCAUCGCGGACGAGGAGCCCAUGGGGCGGUCGGUGGGUCAGGUGACAGUGGUCGCACUUCUACAGGCCAGCUGCAGUUUCUGCCUCGUCCAGGCUGCCAGUAUGGGUCCGCUACGCGAUAAGCUGGUCGGUCGGGGUCUCACGAACAUAAGUUACGUGAUUGUCAAUGACCAGAGCUUCCUGUCUAAGCUCAUGCUCCCGGAGCUGAAGAGGAGAGCGCCGGCGGGGAUCCCCGUGUACCAGCAGCUCCCCAACCAGGAGGACGUGUGGAAGAUCCUGGACGGAAACAAGGACGACUUCCUGAUCUAUGACAGGUGCGGCCGCCUCACCUUCCAUAUCCGCCUCCCUCUCAGCUACCUCCACUUUCCCUAUGUGGAAGCCGCCAUCAUCUCCACCUAUUAUGAAGAUUUUUGUCAGAAUUGCAGCUUUUACGCAAAUGUCACUCAAAUGCAGAAUGCAACCAUUGGGAAUAUUACCACAGAUGUAAAUCCAGAUCGACGGUCAGACUCUAGGACUGCGGGCCCUGGAAAAGACAAACACAAUGGAAAUAAAGCCAAUGAGCAUCAUAAUAACCAUAGAGCCGACAAUGAGCAGAAUCAUCAACCCCAUCAACAAAAGAAGGGAGAACCUCAUCAACCAAUCAUCACUGACCGAGAACCUCAUCAACCAAUCAUCACUGACCGAGAACCUCAUCAACCAGUCAUCACUGACCGAGAUCCUCAUCAACCAAUCAUCACUGACCGAGAACCUCAUCAACCAAUCAUCACUGACCGAGAACCUCAUCAACCAAUCAGGAGUCAGACUGACCCAUAGUGUUCGCGGAAUAAUUCUGUAAUUAGUGUGACAACCUGUCAUGAAAAUAAAUGAGAGGUUGUCACAGCUCCGCCCCCUCACUCAUUAAUAUCCCUAAAGCCUCAUUCACACGUCAG